AUGAAUUCUGUUCUGUCACGGAAUUUGAGAGGUGUAUAUCCUGAUACUGAGACAAUUGGCUGUAUUCUGUUCUGUAUUCUGCACGAGCUGGUGAGAUGGCAGAACUCGGCCUCCGAGAACAGCCUCAGGCACCACAACGACCAGCCGACCAGCCAACCAGCCUCAAGCACCGCGACGACGAAGAACAGGGACGACGCGACCUGUAACGACCAGCGACCCGUCACGACUAGCGCAUACAGCGACCCGCGACGACCAGCGAACGACCCGCGAACCCGCGACGCCAACGAUGGCGCGGCGACAGUUACCUCCCUCGCUACGACCGAACAAGAGUACCUCGAAUACAGCGAUCCGCGACGACCAGCGAACGACCAGCGAACCCGCGACGACAACGAUGACGCGGCGACAGUCACCUCCCUCGCUCCGACCGAACAAAGGUACCUCGAAUACAGCGAUCCGCGACGACCAGCGAACGACCAGCGAACCCGCGACGACAACGAUGGCGCGGCGACAGUCACCUCCCUCGCUCCGACCGAACAAAGGUACCUCGAAUACAGCGAUCCGCGACGACCAGCGAACGACCAGCGAACCCGCGACGACAACGAUGGCGCGGCGACAGUCACCUCCCUCGCUACGACCGAACAGAUGAUCGCUGGACUAUCGUGGUACUCGAAUCAUGUUCUAUUCGUGUCCGCCAGGGUAUUCCAAGGGAUUGGACUCGCGACCUGUCUCCCGAAUGGGCUUGCGCUGCUGGGAGAACUUUAUGGACCAGGACCACGAAUGAGAAUGGCCUUCGCGGACUUUGGUGCUUGUGCGCCUGGUGGACGUAUAGUUGGAUCGGCGAUGGCUGGAGUCUUUGCUCUUGCUUGGUGGCCUUGGAAUUUCUUCUCUUUCGCCAUCACAUUGCUCGUGAUUGCAAUCUGCUACGCCACUCCUGGCUUCCGCAUACCUGUCGCCGCUGACGAUUGCGGGUGCCGUGGCCGCAGUGGCUACUGGUCUCCUGCGGCACAGAAUGCGUCCAGCAUGGGUCAUGGUGAUUGCGCGCUCUGCGCCUUGAUGACCGGCAGCAUUCUCAUCGCCACUGUACCUCCCAAUCAGAUCUACUGGGCUCAAAUAUUCGUGUGCACUUUGGUUGCGCCCUUCGGGAUGGACCCCUCUUUUCCCGCCUCUGUCACAAUGAUUUCGGAUUCUGUCGAUAAAGCGCAUCAAGGGAUUGCGGCUAGUCUGGUUGAUACGAUUGUGGGCUUCGCGGGAACUGUCGAAGUUCAUGUCAAUAGUGACAGAGGACGAAGUUACGCGGACGCGUCAUACGGAUACAGGAGUGCUUUGUACAUGGGCAUGGGGUUGGCAGGGCUCGGUAUUGCGCUGGCUGUUGUCUUUCUCGCCAAGCGCUGCCACGACGACAGCAAGAAGUGGAGAAGACAUCAGAAUAAUGCGGAGGACAUUGAGGCACAGGAACUCGUCGCAUGUCAACGACCUUUCUCAGUUCACGAUUCUGCCAUGGUGCCACGCAACACCGUUUGGACUGGAGCAAUAAACACUACACUUCUGAGAUGA